AACGACAUCUCAAUCAACAUCUACGGUAUCAAGGAAAAGGAGAUUCUCCCGGCUGACAUCAAGGAAGAUGGAGAAGCACGCAAAUCUAUUGUACGUGCAGGAUCCGCGCGACGACAACGCGGGGCACUUUGCGUACAUCAAAGAUCUGUCCCGUCUUGUGAGCUCACAACUGAAUAAAUACGGACAUAAGAAAUACUUUUGCGACCGAUGUCUACAUUACUUUAGUUCGUCUGAAAGAUUGCAGUCACAUAACACGGACUGCGAAAAGAUAAACAAUUGCGCCAUCCGAGUGCCGAGCGAGGACGACAAGUGGCUCGAAUUCAAGAACCACACGAAUAAGGAACGACUUCCAUUCAUCGUUUAUGCGGACUUGGAGUGCGUACUACGGCGAAUGAAACCGGCAGAGAGGGAAGACGCAUCGUACACCUACCAGCAGCACGAGGUAUUUAGCAUCGGAUACUACGUGCGAUGCUCGUACGACGACGCGUUAUCGAUAUAUCGAUUUCGUCGCGACGAAAACUGCGUUGCGUGGUUCGUUCGGCACUCGAAGAUUUGGCGCAUCAA